UGUAUAUUGCUUGCUUUGCUUAUUGCUUUAGUAUUGUUUGGCAGUCACAAAAGGUUGUGUGUUGGAAAAUAUUGUUUUAGUAGAAAAGAUAAAAAAAAAAAAUUUAAAUUCGCUAUUAAAUACUAAAUAAAAUAUAAGUACUUAUACGAACGGCGUUUGUUGAAUUUUAAUUAAAAAAAAUUUAUUAUAUUAUCCUAAUCUCUUUAUAACUAUUCUAUGAUAAAACUGUGAACUUUUUACAAAAAAAAAAAAAAAAAAAACUAAACGACUUUGUGUGAACUUAUGAAGACGAUCCAACCAACCCCCGCAACAUAAUUUUGUUUCUGUGAAUAUUUUGGAAUAUAAAACAUACAUAUUAACAAAAUAAAAAACAUUAAAAAAAAGCCAAAAUUGAAACUACAUUCGAGAGACAUGACUAUAUCAGAAUCAUUAAUUACUUGUAUUAACUAAACAAAACAACACAAACAAAAAAACCCUAUCAAAAAACCAUAAACAAAUUCCGAAUAUUGGAAAACAACAAAAAAUUCAUUCGAAAACCAAAAUCACCAGUUGGAAAUGGCUACUUCUCCAACGCCAUCAUUAGAUUCUAUAAGGGGAACAAAUUCAAUUGAAUCAUAUGGUGACCACAAUGGUUAUAUGUCAGAUUCUCCACUAACUUUAAGCGGCUCAUCGCCCCCAGUGAGUGAUUCAGCUAUUUGUGACGAUUACAGUGGUGCAACAAGCAGUAUUGAUUCCCAACACCAAACAUCAUCCGCAUCAUCAUCGGCGUCAUCAACUUCAUCAACCAGUGGUUUGAAUUGUGGCGGAACAGUAUCUGGUUUAUCGGCCAUUCAAAGUAUUGACGAAAUACCUAACGACAAGGAAAACGGUGUCCAAUGCAACGGCAUCAUAACAAGAAAUCUUGUAAGCAUUAGUUUUCCAAAUGGUUCAACUGUCCCACGAUGUACUGCAUGUAAGAGCAAGCAAUCAGAUGCAGUAGCAAAGUGCUUUGAAUGUGCUAAUUUUCUCUGCUCAAAUUGUGUGACGGCACAUGAAUUUAUGCAUUGCUUUAACGGACACAAUGUCUGUUUGAUUGAAAAUCCGUCAAUUUCAAAUUCAUUGAACAGCAAUUCUGGCCUAACAAACAUAAACGAAUUCAAAUUUGGCAAUUCUCUUUCGAAUAUUUUCCAAACACAAUCGAAUCGAACAAAUUCUUCAUUGUCGAAAAUAAUUAAUGGUGUUUUUGAAAAUAACACACCAGUCUCCUCCUCAUCCUCCUCUCAGAGCCAUUGCUUCAAUUGCAAGGACGAACUUUUAACCAAGCUCUCUUCAAACAACAGUAUAUCGAAUCGCGACGACGUCAAUUUACUUGCAUCACAAUUAAUACCCUCCACCUCAAUGACCAAAUCUAGUCAGUAUUUUUGUAAUCAACAUAAGAAUGAACUUCUCAAUUAUUUUUGUCGCACUUGUAGUGCACUAGCUUGCAAGGAUUGCGUUGCUAGUGAACAUUCGUCGGCAUUGCACGAAGUUGAACAUUCUCAAGAGUUUCUUCACAAACAACCCGAUUGCGUUAUUCAAGGAAUUGUCGCAGAACUUCGUGGAAAAGUCGGCGAAGUAGUUACUGUGGUUAGUAACUCUGAUUUGAUUGUAAAUCAAAUUAAAUCUCAAUACCAGAAGGCACACAGCGAAGUUAAUGAAACAUACCAGUUUUUCUAUUCAAUGUUGGACGAACGAAAACAAGAAAUCCUUAAGGAACUCGAAAGUUUGCACAAUGCAAAAAUGCUAGCUAUUAACUCUUGUGUAAAUCGAUCAAAGGAGGCAGUUGACAAGGCACUACAAGCAUGCGACAAUAUUGAAAGGACUCCUGUUAAACCGAAUACAGUAAAAGACGUCUUAGCUCUGCGAAAAACUGUUGAAUACCAAUAUCAAUCUGUAGUUCAGGACUUGCAGGUUCCAUUUGAACUUGAAUUUGUUUCCAAUUAUCAGUCAAUUCAAGUUGGUGUUCGCAACACUUUUGGCUACAUACGUGCUACAAACGAAUCAUCAACAACCAAACAACCACCGAUUGCAAGACCAACACCUAGCAACAACACAAAUCAACAAUCAUCAAUGAAUGCUUUAACUAUCAACAAUUCAAACAACAUGGGAAAUAGUCUUGGCAUGAAUUCGAAUAUUUUAGACAUUUCAUUUGUCAAUAACUCUGUAUCCGUUGCCGCACAAAAUGCCCUCUCUCAUUCCAGCAACAAUUUUGAUUCCAAUGCAGUAUCGUCAAAGCGUUUCAAUAACAAUUUCCAGAGCAGCUUUAGCACUGAUCUUAAUAUGCAAUUGAAUCCAUAUGAGAAAUGGAGCAAUGGUAGCUCGGAUACAAUUUUCACUGGAAUCUCAGAGCAAUACAUAACUUCAUUGGGCAAAAGCGCAUGCAGCAAUCUCGGCAAUAACAGUGUUUUAUCUGUUGGAAAUAAUAAUGUUGGUAGUCCAUCAUCGGAUAGCAUUAUGGAUUUGACUUCAAAACUCUUGUCCACAACAAUGUAUCCGCCAAAGUCACAAAUCAAACGGCAAAAAAUGAUUUAUCAUUGCAAAUUCGGUGAAUUUGGAGUCACAGAGGGACAAUUUACAGAACCAAGUGGAGUUGCUGUUAAUGCUCAAAAUGAUAUUAUUGUUGCCGAUACAAACAACCAUCGUAUCCAAAUAUUCGACAAGGAGGGUCGAUUCAAAUUCCAAUUUGGUGAAUGUGGCAAACGAGACGGUCAAUUGUUGUAUCCCAAUCGUGUUGCUGUUGUAAAAACAUCUGGAGACAUCAUAGUCACCGAACGUUCUCCAACACACCAAAUACAGAUUUACAACCAAUACGGACAGUUUGUGCGUAAAUUUGGUGCUAACAUUUUACAACAUCCUCGUGGUGUUACCGUGGAUAAUAAGGGUCGCAUUAUUGUUGUCGAAUGUAAAGUUAUGCGAGUAAUUAUAUUUGAUCAGAAUGGCAAUGUUAUUCAGAAGUUUGGAUGCAGCAAACAUUUGGAAUUUCCCAAUGGGGUUAUUGUAAAUGACAAACAGGAAAUCUUUAUUAGCGACAAUCGAGCUCAUUGUGUCAAGGUUUUUAAUUACGAAGGCCAAUAUUUGCGCCAGAUUGGAGGCGAAGGCGUUACAAAUUAUCCAAUUGGAGUUGGUAUCAAUUCGAAUGGUGAAAUACUCAUUGCUGACAACCACAACAACUUUAACUUGACAAUAUUCACACAGGACGGUCAGUUGGUGUCAGCUUUAGAGUCGAAAGUUAAGCACGCUCAGUGCUUUGAUGUUGCUCUAAUGGACGACGGAAGUGUUGUCUUAGCUAGCAAGGACUAUCGCUUAUAUAUUUAUCGUUAUGUUCAAGCAGCACCGAUAGGCUUGUAAUGCAAAUGUAUUCGGUGCAUGUACAACACUUAUUUAUUAACUAUUUAAUUAAUUAUUAUUUUUUUUGAUAUAUUUAUAUUUGUAUAUGUUUUUCCUUGUUUUUUUUUUUUAUUUUUCUGUUUCUUAAUUUUUUUGUUUUUUUAUUUUUUUUUAUGUAUUUAUUGUUUGUAAUUUUUUAUUUCGUUAUGUUAAUGUAGAUAUUUAAAAGACAAUUGCAUUUAUAAUAUAUUUUUAUAUAUAAAAAAAAAAGAAAAUAAGAAAACAAAACCUACAAAAAAAAAAAAAAAACAAAAUCAAUUUAAUAUUUUAAUACUUUUUGUUAUUUAUUUAUAAAGUAAUAAACGAUAGUGUUUAAGAAAAACACAUGAAGUUAAUUAAUUUUUUUUUUAUUAUUAUUAUUAUUACAUACAUAUUAUUAAAUAUUGGCAAUCAGCAAAGACUAAUUGUGGACUAAAAUAAAAUAAAUAAAACAACAAAAAAAAAUAUAUUGAUAACUGAUUAAACGUACAUAUUCCUCUUUACAUAAUUAUAUAUAAAACUAAGUAGAUGUUAAUGAAUUUGUUGUCUUUUUUUACCACAACAAUAAAAAUAAAAAAAAAACUACAUAAAUAUCUAAUCAACAAUGUUUUAAAUUAAAAAAAUUAAAUUAAAAAAACAUUCAUGAAAUUUAAAAUUAAAUUUAAAUUAAAAAAAAUGUAAAUGGGAACAAAAUGUAUUAAAACAAGAUUCAUUUAAAACUUAAUUUGCACAACAAUUGCACAAUAAUAAUUAAAAAAACAACAACAACAAAAAUAAAUUUAAAAAAUAUAUAUAUAUAUAUAAAUCGUAUUACUACUAUAGUAUUAUUUUUGCUGUAUGUAUGUUAUGUAUUGCAAUUAAUGCGUACUUCUUUUUUGAUAAUUCACUUUAUAUAUAUUUAUAUAUAAUAUAUAUAUAUACAUAUAUAUAUAAGUCUCUUUGAUGAAGCUUAAUAUUACUUCUGCGUAUACAUAUAUUUUUAUAUAACAAAAAAAAAAACAAAACAAAAAACAUAAAAAACCUAGAGUCUACAUUCUAUUACAAACUAAACUAUUUUUAUAUUAUCAAAAGUAUUGCUGACCAUGAUAUAAAUAUAUAAAUAAUAAGUAGCUAACUACUUUUUUUUACACACAUGAUUAUUAAACAAAACAAAAAACCAAGUAUAAUAAAAAAAAAAAACAAAACAAAUAAAAGAAAAAUAUUAAGUUGUAUCUGUUCUCGAAUUAGGUAGUAAGCUAUUAUAUAUAUUGACGUCACAUUUUGUUUGUUUUCUUUUUUAGAUCUCAAAAAUCAAUAUUUUCGUUUUCUUUUUUCUAUUAUUUGUUUGUUUCUGAAUUUUUAAAAAAGAGCAUGAACAUGACAGACAUUCCGUAAUAUAUAUAUAUAUACUUACAAUAUAUAUUAUAUUAUUAUAUAGCAGUUAAAUAUGUGUACUUAAGAUUUAAAUAACAAAAAAAGAAACAAAAAAAAAUAAUAAAUAAAAACUAUUUUUAUAAUAUUCUCUAUUUCAUGUUCUUGUGUUGCAUUUUGAAAAUUAAUAAUGUUAUUAAAAUAAUACAACAUCUGUUUAGUUAUUAUAUUACAUAUUAAUAUUAUAUUACGAGUAUUAUAAUCUAUCCCAGCAUUUAUGUUGUUUUUUUUUUGUUUUUUAUUAUUAUUAUUUUAGUUUAGUCGACCACUACGAUGAUUUAUAUAUUUGCUCUGCCAAUUUUAUAAUUAAUUACACUUGUGCUCAUAUUAUUAAGCCACCGAAGUUAAAGCUAAGCAAGCAUUUAAUUUAAAAUUUUAAUUCUUGUAUUUAAGACAAAAACUAUGAAAUAGAUUGUAUUUAAUAGUUUGAACAUAGCUUUUAAGCACAAAGUUAUUUAAAUAUCACAAACCCAAGUGAAUUUAUGUAUAAUUAAGCCAUCUGCAUUAAUCUGAUUCAGUUAAAACCCAUAAACAGUAAACACGGAUCGAAUCAAAUUUGAAUUUUAUUUGCAACUGAACGUCACUAUCUAUUCGAUCAUUUAUACUGCUCAAAGUUUGAGGUGUCCUAGCUAGUUACUUGAUACAAUCGAGUUAUUUUCGGUAGACCAUCUGUUGUCUGUUGGCAAUGUUCGACAAUGAAAUUAGAUGCAACAAUUCAUGAUUGUACCGAUCAUAUUCGAUUGUAUCAAGUUACGUGCUGGAUCUUCUCAAUCAAGUAAAAGUAACACAGCCUUAUACCUACUUUCGCCCUCUACCAUCAAUAAAAAUAAAAAUGGCGAGACCAACUUUUGGUUUAAUGAAGCCACACUUGUGGUUCCAUAACCAUCUUCCGUCCAGACUUGUAAAAUAAACCUUAACACACAAGGUCACUUGCAAUAUGUGUUAAGUUGGUACAAUUGACAGUCCCCAAUUUUAUUCAAUUGAUUUUGAGCAAAUCAGCUACUGGAUUGUAGUAAGCAUUUAAAAAUUCUUUUUGUCUGCACAUUUGCAAGAUAUUGUACUGACCUGAGUUGUGCAUUUUAAUGCAAUUAUUUUAUUCCGCUUUUGUCGUACUAUAUCAUACAGAGUGGUCUUGUUUAGAGGGUUUUUAGCCGCCCUUUUAGUUGAAUGAAACGACAAUCAUUGAAAAAGUAUUUCCGAAGAAAGUUCCAUGACCAGAAAAGGUCUCAAAUUUUGGAAGAGGGACAAUGUUUCCCAAUUCUCCAUUGAAUACAAAAUUUGAACCGGGGCUUCGGGCUCUUCAUAUCAAAAUUUUGAUGUUGAAAUUAAUAUACUCAAACCAAAAUUUGAUGACCCAAGAAGAACCAUACUUGUAUUUUAAUUUAUCGGCGUAAACUUUGCUCAAAUGAGCGUUUAUACAUUUAGUUCUUAAGUGAAAUAUGAACCUUCUAAUUAACUUGACUCCUAACACAGAGUUUAUGAAAUGUGGAUUGUUUUUUUGUCUACAAAAAGAAAACCCGAAUAGAGAAAACAAUUCACGGGAAUUUUUCGAUUGAAAGAUCUUUUAAAAACAUUUCCUCAGGAGUUUUAUCAUUCCCAACCACUUCAAACUUUCGCCAUUUACUCCAAAUAGCCAAAUUCGAGAGACGAUAAGUUUGGCAAUAAACUUGCAAUUUGAUUCAAUGCAUUGGAGUGCCUUCAUAUGGCUCCUUUCGGUAUUUUAAUAUCAUUCAUUUCUAUUUGAGCUUUCUAUGAUCAGCUAGGAGUGGUUUUAUAGCUCUUUUUUCGAAGCAAAUUCUCAAUUUUUCCGGAAAUACUUAAGCAUGCUUGCCACAAGAAAACCCAAGUUUUUUGGUUAGCUUACAUAUCAUUUUGCUGUUGAAUGAUUUUGUAAACAAAUUUUUUCUCCGACGAAGUGGAGCUUUUAUUUUUGUCCAUUUUUUCGAAUAUUUUUUCUUUUUAAUUGAGAUGCACAAUUAUGCCAACCACUUUUCAAACAAAAAUAUAUAACUUAUUUAAGAAUUUGCACUUGUUUUAAGAUCUUAACGAAAACAACUGCAACUUAAUUUGGCGUAUGGUGAAGCAUACUACCAGUAAAAUAAUAGAACACGAACAUCCUCAACAAUAUUAUUCUAAAUAAUUGUGGAUAUUUGCUUUAUGACUUAGUUAUAUAGGCACAAGUGUAUAAAUUUUAGCUUGUUAAAAAGCUAAACUUAUAUUAUUAGUUCAUCUGCGUUAAAAAUAAAACACAAAAUAAUUAUUUCUGUUGGUAGUGGUUAUAUAUUUAUAAUAUAUUAAAGGAUGGGUUACAAAAAAAAAAUAAAACAAAAAAGUUAUAUUUAAAAAAAAUGCUCUAGCUGAAUUAAGACUAGUCUUCUCUGUUUUUAUUUUAUAUUUCUGUUUGUUGAAAAAUAAAUAUAAUAUUAUUAUAAGGAAAAAAAAAAUAAUAAAA